AUGACCCUUACGAUUGAACAAGUUGUUGAACAAAUCACCGAUUGGAAAGAAAAGUCAGUUACAGUUCAACCUUUAAGUGGUGGACUGACGAACAAAAACUAUCGAGUCGAAGUAGAUGGCAGGCUCUAUGUUGUCCGUAUUCCAGGCACAUCCACUGAACUGCUGGCAAUUGAUAAGAUAAAUGAAUAUCACAACACAAGAGCGACAGGUGACUCUGGGGUGGGACCAACAAUUGCGUAUUACCUACCAACAUCUAAAAUCAUGAUACUUGAUUAUAUUCACGGACAAACUAUGACCAUUUCCGAUCUACAAGCACCGACUAUGCCGACGCGCAUCGCUCAAUCACUUAAAACUUUACAUAAUAAAACGUCGCGCUUUAAAAAUGAUUUCAACAUGUUCCGACUCAUUGAAUACUACCUAAAAAUUGUCGAUAAACAUCAAGUCAAUAUUCCUAUUGGAUAUCACAAAUAUUUGCAGCUAGUGGAGCGUAUCGAGGCAUCAAUGCAACGUCAUCCGUUGCAAACUGUGCCAUGUCACAACGAUCUAUUAGCCGAGAAUUAUAUUGACGAUGGCAGUAUUCUACGUCUGAUUGAUUUUGAGUACAGCGGUAACAAUGACCCAACAUUUGAUUUAGGCAACACCUGCCAAGAGCAACAAUACGAUGAGUCACGCAUAAUAGAGAUGUGCGAAGCCUAUUUUGGUAAGCCUUGUCUCAUGGACAAGCUUGCACGUAUGAAACUGAAUAUGAUUAUGUCUGAUGUUGGCUGGACGCUUUGGGCAGCUAUUCAGGCAAAAUUCUCAGUGAUAGAGUUUGAUUUCUGGUCAUGGGCAAUAGAACGUUGGAGCCGAGCAACGACGAAAAUGGAUAGUUCGGACUUUGAACAAUGGCUGACAGAUUGUUCAUCAUAG